CUUAUAUUUGGGUUUUGGAUCAAAGAAGUAAUCCUAUAUAUAAGGAACCUCAUCCCCUGGUGUAUUGAAGUCUUCUAUCUUACAAACCCUAACAGCUCAGAAAGACUCUUCUGAAUUCUUCUCUUAAAAUGUUGAUGCAAAUCUUUAUUAAGAUUUUUACAGGCAAGAUUUUAACCCUUGAGGUGGAAAGCUCAGACACCACUUGCAAACUCAAAGAAAAGAUACAAGAUAAGGAAGGAAUCCCUACAUACCAGCAGAUGCUUGUCUUUGAGGAAAAAAAGCUUGAGGAUUGCAAAACCUUAGCUAUUUACAAUAUCCAAAAGCAUUCAACUCUCCACAUGAUUCUCAGGUUUAGAGGUAUGAGAAUUUUCGUAAAUGUUCUUCAAUGCGAUAUUGCCAUAAUGCUUGAGGUGAAAACCUCGGACACCAUUGACAACGUCAAGGAAAAGAUACAAGAUAAGGAAGGUAUCCCUAACUACCAGCAGAGGCUUAUUUUUGCUGGGAAAAGCCUUGAGGAUGACCGUACGUUGGCUAGUUACAAUAUCCAGAGAGAGUCAACUCUCCACAUGAUUCUCAAAUUUAGAGAUAUGAGAAUAUUCGUAAAAAUUCUUGACAAGAUCAUAACCCUUGAGGUCAAAAGCUCAGACACCAUUGGCAUCGUCAAGGCAAUGAUACAAUUUAAGGAAGGCAUUCCUAUCAAAAGGCAGAAAUUGGUCUUUGUCGGACGUUGUACGAAGGAUGACUGUACCUUGGCUGAUUACAAUGUCCAAAAAGACAAUACUCUUGUCAUGAUAGUCCUUUCCGGUAAACAGCUCGAGGAUGGCCGUUUGGUGGAUUACGACAUCUGGAAGGAGCCAGUUCUUCACGUCCAUCGUUUAAAUGGUGGAAUGAAAAUAUUUGUGAAAACACUCACAGAGAAAGUCAUUACAGUCUUAGAAGUUGCGAGCUCAGACAGCGUUUACAGUGUAAAGAAAAAGAUUCAAGACAAGGAAGGAAUCGCACCAGACCACCAGAUAAUCUUAUUUGCUGGUAGACAACUUAAGGAUGUUUUCAGGCUUGCACAUUAUAACAUCCAAAAGGAGUCAACACUUAACCUUGUGCGUAGUGUAUUUUUCACAUAAAAUAGACUUUUACCUAUUCGUUUUUUUUUCUUUGUUUUUAUAUUGGAUUUUUUUCUUACGGACACGAAGUCUUAUUUGUU